AUGUCUACGUCGUCGGGCAAGACCGGACGUUGCCUCUGUGGCAAGAUCGAAUAUGAGCUCAAGGGCCCUUCGGCUACGCCUUUGUACAACACAGAGUCAGCGGCACAGCAUUCUACACUGCGUCGAUUUGCCCCAGAGAAGUACGCGAGCCCACAAUUUGUUCUUGAAGCACCCAGCCAGCCCUCCACGUGCCGCAACAUGAUGCAUGGCUUCAGCGUAACCAAGGGUGCAGAGUACCAAAAAGACUACUGGGAUACAAACACCGACUCUGGGACGAAUCUCAAGCGCGUUUUCUGUACGGAGUGUGGGACCAAGUUGUUCGCCUUCACUCCACUCUGGGACGAGAUCGUCUCGGUCGCUGCUGGCACUUUGGACGACUUCGAUUCUUGGUGUCCGGACACCGAGCAAUACUGCAUUCAUCGUGCCGCAUUUGUGGAGAAGGCGAAGGGUGUUGAGAGGGAGAGGAGUUUCAAACUUGCCGUGAAAGGAGGUGAGAUAGAAUGA